AUUGCUAGUUGGAAAGACGUAAAUAUCUAUGCCUUAAAGCAGAGUGCCCAAAAAACACAUCGACAUUUAUCUAAAUGCAUUCGAAAAUAUCGGGACGUACUCGACAAGCCUAUUACGGAUAUUAUAGCAUCUUGCCAAAUGGAUUUAUCCAAAUGCCAGUUCAAAAGUGAUAGUUCCAAUAUUACUGAGUAUUUUACAUGUAAAUGUCCGGAAGACUGGAUUUCGAAUAUUAUUCCUGUUGAUUCUUCCGAAACGAUAUUAGAACUGCAAAUAACAUUGAGUAAAAAAAUAUUACCUGCUCCUGACCGAUUUAUAAACAUAGAUAAAACCUUGGAAAAAUUACGUUAUUAUUGUCUUAAUGAGAUAUUAUUAUGUAAGCCAAUUUGUAAGAAACCUAUUCUCGAUAAUUUUGCUACAGAAAUUAUUACGAGAAUAAAAACGCUUCAAGAAGAAACGAAUUGCAUAAUAAAUAAAGAUAAAAGAAACUACAUCAAGAAUCUCAAAUUGGUAAAGAAAAAAUCUUUGGUUGAUCUUUUAAAAGAGCUGAAAAGGAUCGGACUGCACGUAUAUCCCAAUACUAAGAUUAUAAAACAGCAACAAGAUCUUGUUGG